AUGCCACUCCUCCAAUUACAACCUCAUCCUUUCACUUCACUACCAGCACAUCCAUCCCUCGCUUUCAAUGACUCCCGCCCAGAACUCCACUCAUUUAUUAGCACCGCGAUUCACGAAGCUUUUGGGGUUCUCCAUUCAAUUCCGUCGUCUUUUACCGCAGACCCCAAGCUUCGCUCAUCCACACCAUCAGAAGCAACUGUAAAGCUUCUGCGACGACGUAAAUCUGUAGAGCCAGGAGUUGGUGCCGUGGAGAAAUCCGAGUUCUGGGUAUGUCGCCAAAGCGAGCAUGUUGACUCCGCUACGAAGGGCACGGCGUCCUGGAAUGAGUUUGAGAGCGGUUUAAGAUCUAAUCAUGCUGAGCACGAAAUGGAAUAUACACAUAGUGUAACUGGUUCCGAGCGGCUGCUGGAAUGGCCAAGGAAUGAAGUUGGGGAGCUUGAGGUUGACGGUUUCCAGCUCAAAGAUAUCGAUGUUGAGGUCAAUCUUAUAACUCACACUUUCCACCCAAGCGUGAUUAUUAGCCCGCGCAGCUUUAUCUCCCUUACCAUCUCAGCUGCAUACACCAGCGAGUCCAGCCCAAGGGGUUUCCUCACCGUUCAGGUUCCUGUCUACUCAGACCCCUCAUCAAAUGCAUCCUUGCAUGAAAAGAUCCUCUCUCUUGUACCUCGGCGAACUAUAUUCGCUAAUUACGCCAGCGUAGAUAGAGUCACCACAUUACCCUCUCCAGAUAAACCUUCGACUGCAGCACCCGCUAACACUGCUUCUGCUGGAAAGUCUCACCCUCGCAUCGAAUGGACCAUGGCAACUACGUCCGAUGCAGGUGGGUCGAUCCCAAAAUGGGUCCAAAGAAGCUGGACACUAGGGGGAGUACCACGUGCUGUUGUCGCAGAUGUGGGCCUUUUUAUUGGAUGGACAAUGCGUAGGCGUGAAGCUGUCUAG